AUGUCCUCCUCGAAAAAGGAUAUUUUUAUGGUCAUUGGCGGCAGUGGCUUUCUUGGAAGGCAUAUUGUACAGCAACUUCUCGACCGGGGCGACAUAGUAUCGGUAUUCGACAUCGUACAGCGGUACAGCGACGUCCCCUUCUAUUCAGGAGACAUCAGUGAAGAGGAGCAAGUGGCCGCUGCUCUGAGAAAGUGCGGAGCUACAUGUAUAAUUCAUACUGCUUCUCCACCCGCUGGGCUCAGCGACCCGGCCUUGUAUUGGAAGGUCAAUGUGGACGGAACCAAGGCAGUUAUUGCUGCUGCCCAAUCAGUGGGCGUUCGCAAGCUAGUUUUCACUAGCUCUGCCGGUGUUGUCUUCAAUGGCACAGACAAUAUUGAUAUCGACGAGCGACUGCCCUUUCCCGACAAACCCAUGGACGCUUAUAAUGAGUCCAAGGCAAAAGCCGAAGAGGCUGUGCUCGCUGCGAAUGGUGUCAACGGCCUCUUGACUGUCGCUCUGCGGCCCGCUGGAAUCUUUGGUCCGGGGGACCGACAAGUGAUGGCUGGUUUGUACCAAGUCUACGAGAGAGGUCAAACACACUUCCAGAUUGGUGAUAAUAACAAUCUGUUUGACUGGACCUACGUCGGCAAUGUCGCUUACGCCCACUUGCUCGCCGCUGACAAACUUCAAGAACCUGUUGUUGCUACGGACUGUUCAAAACUUUCGCCGCAGGAAGAGGCCAUCAUUAGUUACCCCCUUCCAUCCAUCGAGCACACAACUCGAGGGCAACGAAUUCCGACCUCGGAAGCUCGACCGUUAGGCCCCUACGUCACUCCACCUCCAAACGCAGAUAAAAUACUGGCCGCCUUCACACAACCUGUACCUCCGAAGUCAAAUCGCCCCGUCGUCCGUUCACGCUUCGAUGCAUUGUCCGACACUUCGGUUCUUCGCAUGAAAGCUGCCGCCAAUGGAACCUCCCCUCUACAGGUUGCUGGGGAAGUCUUUUUUAUCACCAACGGCGAGCCUUGCUACUUUUGGGAUUUCAUGCGCAUGGUGUGGCAUCGUCUUGAUUCCAUAUUCCCCGAGAAAAGGGCGCAGAAGAAGAGGGCUAUUGUUUUGCCAAGGGUCGUGGGCAUGGCAGCUGCUACUGCGUCAGAAUGGGUUGGAUGGUUGAUAGGCAAGGAGCCAACGUUCACUAGGUUCAAGGUUACCUUCAGUUGCGUCAAUAGAUGGCACAACAUUGAAAAAGCAAGGCGCGUACUCGGCUACGAGCCAAUAGUGGGAGUAGAAGAGGGCGUGGGCAGGAUGGUAGAGUGGUGGCAAGCUGAGUAUGCGGCGGGCAAUCAUAAGAUCGCUCAUAAAUGA